AUGAGAACAAACCGAAUAGGGAUCCAUCGUUACAACCCUGGGGUGGCAAUAGGUGGAUUUGAUAGUGGCAUAAGAGAGUUCAAAAAGAGAAAGCCUUUCACUGAACCUUUUUUCAGUGUAUGUGGAGAGUUGCCCAUAUACUGUUGUGAAGAGAACAACCUGUACAUCGAGACAAGUGAAGUCCACACUGCCUUGUCAAGAAAAAAGCCAGCCAAGUUUCUCAAAGAAGAAACAUCAGCAAAGUUGAGAUUUGUAAAGAAAUCUGCAGGCAAGGUGUCCCAGAAAGAAAAGACCCAGUCAGUCAGUGGGGAAAAAAACUGUCAAAUUCUGUCCAAGAGCCACCCUUGUCCAUCCGCCAAGAUGACCGAUUGGCCUGUUUACACGAUGGACGAAGUGUCUGACCACUGCGAAUAUUCUUCCUGCUGGAUAGUUGUCCAUAACUAUGUCUAUGAUGUCACAACAUUUGUAUUUGAGCACCCUGGUGGUGAAGACAUCAUCCUUGAACAUGGAGGAAGAGAUUGCACAUACGCCUUCGAGGAAAAAGGCCAUUCCCGCCACGCCACCAUGAUGUUGGAGAAAUACUGCAUUGGAAUGUUGGUUGAGAAUGAGCGCAUUAUGCCACACUUAGGAACAAGAUUUUCACAGACACUUGUUACACAGCAAAGUUAGUUGACAUAUUUUCCUAUAUCCUGAUACAACUCCUACAUCGCCAAGGCAGCGUCUGUGAAUAUUUUUGUAAUUAUUUUUAUCAAUGAGUGAUGGCAAUCCUAAUAAGUCCUGAUUGUGUCUUCCAUUGGCAGCAUUUUAAAAUUAUUUAGUUCAUUAAGUGAAAUGCCCAUGUGGCAUGUUCACAAAUUUGUAUAUAUAUUAUGUUUUUAUUAUUAUUAUUGUUUUCACAGCUUGUGCAAAGGUAAACGGUUGUUUGGUGGCCAAGGUCUGUGUUUAAUUUUAGUCAUUUUUUACCUCUGCUUUGCAUUUGUUCAUUGGUUGAGCAGUCAGAGUAACAAUUUUUAACAUUUGGGAAAACACGUGAGGUCCCAGAAUUAGGAUGCAUGUGGAAAUUGACAUUAAUCUAUUUUAAUAAGUGCUUGUUUUUAUCGAUGGUUACCAAUAGAAUAAGGAUUUCAUUUUGUGGAAAAUUAUUUGAUCAUUCUUCUUUUAUCAUAUUGCUUUUGCUUGCAUGAAUAACACAAAUUGAGAUUUAAUUUAUGGUGGCAAAAGUCAAUUCAUUUUACUGAUAAUUACAGAAAUGGUUCAUGCAUUCUCAAAAUAUCUGACUUGGUUUGUAAAAAUAUAUAAUUAUUGAGAAAUUUGCAAAAUAAUGUUAUUUUUGUAAUGCAUGGUUUUUUUAUUGAUUAUUUUAAUGACUUGCAUUUCUAAAUGUAAAAACAAAAAUUGCAAGUCACUGCAAGUGCUGUUAACUUGAAUUGUCGAUGUUGUUUUUACUCUUAAAAAGCAUCAAUACUGUUUUAAGUCAUAACUGCUCUUAUUUUAAUUGGUGUUUUAUUUGGUGCAAAAUAACGCCAUUUUACAGUAGUUACAUCUGGGAAAAGAAGAGUUGGAAAAAUACUUCUUACUGUUAUCCAUAAAUAUGACUAAUUGUAUCAAUACUGAGCUUUGCUUGGAAAUUGGUGACAACAAAGAUGUAAACGAAAUUGGUGAAAACUAAGUGGGACUUUUUUCAAAACGUAUUGUACCGUUCUCAGGGGCAUUGUCAUCAUUGAAAUGGAUUUUGUUCACAUUUAUGUAUAGGCCCAUUGAUGUUAUGAGCCAUUGAUUUUUCAUGCGCAGAACGCAACUUUUAAUUGUGCUUUACAUAUGUGAUGUGUAUAGUUAGAAUUAUUACAUUUUACAUUAUAAUGCCAGUUCUGAACAGCAAGGUAAUUUAUUAUUUUAUAACUUAUUGUGAUUUAGCUUACAUCAGUAAAGCCUUCACGCACUGGGAACGUUGGAGGGGGAGGUAGCUGGAUUAUCUUACGAGAAAAAUUUUGAUUGUGUAAAACUCGUCACUAAUACAAGACUGAUGACUGUGUAAGGAAUCUAGAUGUUUGCCAUUUGUAACAGCAUAUCUAUGGUUAUCAUUACCCGUAAAUGGGUUCAAUGUCCUGUGACCAGCGCUUCCUUACAUAUUAUAUAUAUAAUUUAGCAUUAGCAAUGCAAUAUUAUAAUGAAGAUUGUUUGUUAGUUAAAUUAUACAUGUACAUUCCAUUGCGAAUAAAGUAUUUAUUUGAUUCACA